ACGAGCGAGGGCAUCAUCAUGGGCUUCCAUGACGACUGUUUAACAGGCUCAGCAGAUGGUUGCGUGGAGGAGCCGGUGCUCCUUUACCCUCGCGGGCUGCAGUGCCUCCAGAGCCUCCAGGCGCUGGUGCCCAGCUUGCUGCGCCACGAGGUGGAGACGGCACUGGAGAAGCUGGACCUCAUAUGGGACCGGGGGUACGCUUGGGACGUGUUCUUGGACAUGAUGAGGACUCAGACACGAAACCCUUUUCUCAACGCCGACAUUCCGCGGCAUUUUACCGAUUCCACUCGUUCCGUCUUGGUCGACUGGCUCAUCCAAGUACAUGAGAUGAUGCAUUUUCAGGAAGAGACCCUCUAUCUGGCCAUACACCUCCUCAACCGCGCCGUGCGCGAGAUCAAGGUCACCACGGUGAACCUGCAGCUCCUCGGCAUGGUCUGCCUCUUCCUCGCCGCGAAGAAGGAGGAGUGCCUCCUGCCCGAGGUGUCUGGCCUCUGCUACUUGAUGGACCACACCUACACGAAGCAUCAGCUGCUGCGGAUGGAGCGCCGGGUCCUCUUGGGGCUCAAGUUCGAUCUGUCCUACUGUCCCCCCCUGCUCUUCCUCCUCCUCCUCGCCUCGGUUGCCCGCUGCAGUCCCAAGGCGGUGUGGAUGGCCCGCUAUCUGCUGGAGCUGUCUCUCCUGGAGGGCCAGUGCGUGGCGUUUCUGCCCGUGCAGCUGGCGGGCGCGGCCCUCUGCGUGUCCCGCCAAGUCCUGAAGGAGCCCCCGACACCGGGAGGGGCUGCGGCCUGGUGCCUGGCCUCAGCUGUCAACGUCGGCAGCGAGACCUCCAUGCUGAGGAUCAUGCACAUUCUGGCCAACGCCGCAGCCAAGGCCCACACCCAAGAGACCUGCGCUACUUUUAUCAAAUUCUCCUCCCCAGAGACCAUGAAUGUCAGCAGGCACCCGGGUCUCCUGAAAGACGCAGGUGUGCCGGGUCUGUGCACCUGACGGUCCCGACGCCCAGAAACGUAGUUGGUGUGCCAAAAGCUUCAAAAUGGAGACGCUGGACCAGGAUCGCUUGAGGACUUGACGCCUGUGCGGUCCAGGCCUCUGACCAAGCCCGGAUCCGGAGGAGUUCCCAUGGACUUGGGGGUGAGGAAGACCUGUGAAAGACGACGAUGCCGAACACCCGUUUGACAAAAAGGACUGUAUGCACUUUGCUCGAAUGUGAUUUAGCUAACCCAGUGGCACUCCUGUUUUAUGAAUCUUAUCCUGCAGCCGAUUUAGAAAAUAUUUGAAUUGUAUCGAUGCGUCCUUGUCGUUUUGUGAAGAGGACGCGGGGGCUGUCUAAUGAAGUUAUUAUGAAAGUUUUAAUGUAAAAAUAAAGUGUCUGCUGCAAAGUUUAAACGUUUCAGUCGACUAUUCUGUGCACGAGCUGCAAUGUGUGCAGGUCCACGUGACAACGGCGCCCCCUGCCGGCCGCGCGGCUGCAUUGGUUUGGCAAGUUCCUGCUCACAUGUGCCAUCGCACUGACGCAGCUGACCGGCUCCGAGGAGGCGCUUUUUAGAGAAUGCAGGACUGCAGCCGCAGCACAGAUCAAGAGUAUCCCACGCCGUACAUGUUGUGUAACUGCGUGUGUGUGUCACCGCGUCAGUUGCAUUGGCUUUCAACUGCCGUGUGUGUGUGUGUAUAUGCAGGUUCGUUGCAGCAAGCAGAAAUGUCGCUGUUGGCGACAUGUGCGCAAAUCUGUAGUCAGUUGCUGUUUUGGAUCAAACCCAGCAACAUAACUGGAGCCUGCAACUCGAGUUACUGCGUAUGUGUUUUUUUAUUUAUUGUAUUUUUCCAUCCUGAAACAAAUUGUUUCUCGUCACACUAUUUUUUAAAUCUUUGUCCCAAAUGUGACAAUAACUAAAUUAAAAGAUAUA